GCAGAGGUGACGGGAUCUCCGCGCUCGCCACGCCUCGAUUCCUUCUUGCCGUCGUAGACUCGUAUCCGAGAGUUCCGCAGUCUAUAGAAAGGCUUUAAAGAGCUCGAGCGAGAGAGAGAGAGCGGCCAUGGCUUCUUUGGGCAUCUCCAUCUCGUCUGUAGCGGGAGGCAGGCCAAUGCGUUCGCUGGCUUCUUCUCCUUCUUGCUCCAACAACAACAAGCCCUUUGCCUCUCUCCACGCAACUCGCUCUUUGGAGAGUUCAAGGGCUCCCUUCCGUCUUGAAAUCAGCUAUGAUCGCCGGUUCUCCGACGAGUUGCGGCGGCAGCCAUUGGCCGCCGCCCGAUCAGGCCCGGUUGUGGCAGCUGCAGAACCAGAGCCUAUGAAGAUUAUGAUAUCAGGGCCUCCAGCAUCUGGCAAGGGAACACAAUGUGAGCUCAUCAAGAAGAAAUAUGGGCUCGUGCAUAUCGCUGCGGGAGAUUUGCUUAGGGCAGAAAUUGGAGCUGGCACUGAGAAUGGGAAGCGUGCCAAAGAAUAUAUGGAGAAGGGAAUGUUGGUUCCUUCUGAAAUUGUUGUCAUGAUGGUAAAAGAACGCCUUCUGCAACCAGAUGCUCAAGAAAAAGGCUGGCUCCUAGAUGGAUACCCAAGAAGCUUAUCUCAGGCAACUGCUCUGGAAGAUCUCAGAAUUCAACCUGACCUUUUCAUUCUCCUGGAUGUUUCUGAGGAGAUACUUAUUGAGAGAGUUGUUGGUAGAAGGCUUGAUCCUGUGACUGGAAAAAUAUACCAUUUGAAGUACUCUCCACCUGAGAAUGAAGAAAUUGCUGCAAGGCUUACCCAGCGGUUUGAUGACACAGAAGAAAAGGUAAAGUUGCGAUUAAAGACUCAUCAUCAGAAUGUUGAAGAUGUCCUUUCAACAUAUAAAGAUGUUAUAUUCAAGGUUAAUGGGGAUGCCCCUAUUGAAGAUGUAUUUGCUGAAAUAGACAAGGCAUUGUCUUCAAUUCUUGAUAAAAAAUCAAGAACAGAUUCAGCAUCCAUGGCUGCUGGUAUGAGUUGUUAGAUUUGCUAGUGCCCAUACAUUACAGAUAGGACAGGAGAAUUGGCAUAACAUUAUGGUGGGUUUUAAUUUUUCCGGCGAACACCGAAAGGCCCCCUUCUACAUUGCUUUUGACUAAAUCGAAGAAAAUUUUUUAACAGCUCUAUGCAUCCAAAGGUGAUGUAUUUUUGUUUCAAGAAAUCUUUGAUUUUUCCAUAGUUUGUCAUACAUUUUGAGCUUUGAGACCUGCUCUUGUGCAACACUUCCAAUGUAAAUGUAACAAUUUACUCAAUCACAUACAGGAGCUUCUUUGAAUAUACAUGCAUUAGAAGGUAAUAUAAUUCUUUA